GAUUUUAUGGAAAUUCAAAUUUAAAGCAAAACGGCAUUCUUAAAUUAAAAACCAUAUAAGUAGUAAAAAUAAAUGCAUCGCGGAAAAAAUGUGCACGGAAGUUGUAUCUCGAAAAGAUUUGCACGAAUUGUUAUACCUUUUCGAAAAAAAGUCAUUCGAAGCGACAGUAUGCUUUGAAGAUGGCAACGUGGAAUUUGAAAUCUCAAAAAAAGCUGAACAACUUUUUAAACUUGAUUAUAGUCUAUUUGAAAUUGAAAACCCAAAUGGUCUGCUUUCUUCGCGGUAUCCAGUUCGAAUAUUAAUACCAGAAUAUGAACAUGGAUACAUGACGUCUACUCUCACUGCCAACGCAAAUGCUUUUACGAACUGUUCCUGCAAUGGAUCAACAACAACUACGACAUCACCUACAAAACCGACAACAUCAACAACGACGACUUCAUCUCUCAGUAAUGGUCUGACUAGUAAUAAUAGCAAUUGUUUAGAUUCAGUAGAUGGCGAAAUUGGAGAUAGCAGUAUACAUACAUUUGUUACUUUCGCAAAUCCAUUGGAACAAUCCCAGCAACAUCAGUGCAACUCACACACACAUACCAAUUCACAUCCUAACCCGCACACACAGGCUCAAAAGACAAUUUACGAAGAUCUAUAUGAUGUUAACAAGAUCCGCGAACUAGUCACCAUGGCUAAGUAUGCACGUUGCCGACAACGUUUCUCCGUUCCUGUUAUUAUGUAUCGCGGUAAAUAUAUAUGUCGUUCGGCAACGAUAUCCGUCGUGCAAGAGACGUAUGGAAGAAAAGUGGUGGACUAUGCUUAUGAUUGCCUGAGUGGCUCAAAUAAUACCGAACGGCCUAGUUUAGAUGAUGAAAAUAAUGAUCCUACCGAAGAAUCACUUAUCAAUCAAAUCAACGUACAAAUGCCUUUUAGUUAUGAUGAGGUUAUAAAAAGUGAUAUACAAUUGUUAAAUGCAUUAAAAGUGUCUACAAUAGUGGACCUAAUGGUUGAAAAGCGUAAAGUUAAAUAUUUUGUAACCGUUUCAUCUUCAGAAAAGGCUGAUCCUUGUCAUUAUGAGAACUUUAAUUUACUCUCAUUGCCAUAUCCAGGUUGUGAGUUUUUCAAAAACUUUCGCGAUAAUAAUUACGUUGCUAAAAAUCUAUAUUAUGAUUGGAAUCAAUCAUUUAACGAUGCCUCUAUUAGUGUACCUAAAUUGGGUCCAACAGCAGAUCUUGAUAUCUGUUGGCAUGAAUAUAAGCAAUGGGAUUUGAUAGAAAUAACACAAAAUUACCUUAAAGCUAUAUUAAAAUAUAUACAAGAGGAAAACUCUGGAUUGCUUAUACACUGUAUCAGUGGUUGGGAUCGUACACCGCUUUUUAUUUCGUUAGUUCGGUUAUCAUUAUGGGCCGAUGGUCUCAUACAUCAGUCACUAAAUCCUACACAAAUUACUUAUUUCACAUUAGCUUACGACUGGUUUAUGUUUGGACAUCAACUGCCUGAUCGACUUAAACGUGGUGAAGAUAUUAUGUUUUUCUGCUUUCACGUGCUCAAACAUAUAACGGAAGAGGACUUCAGCAUUAUCGAACAUAGAAAACGUACUAAGACAUCUAGCAGUAGUGGAAGCAGUAGCGUUAUUGUUAUAAAGCAAGAUUGUGAUGAUGAACAGCUUAGAGAUAUAAAUUUUGACCAAGAUAGUAAUGAUAGCCUCUCAAAUGGUUCCAACUGUGAUAUGCAAAUGAAUGAUAACUUUUUCAUGACAGCUUCACCACCAAGUAAUACAAGUAAUACAACAUCCCCUAACCCGCUCACAAAUCGAUCACCAAAUCCGAAACGUUCCAAAACUAGUCCAAUAACAGUUCCUGGUUCUAAUACAAUGAGACAACGUCAAGAGUCGACAUCUUCAAAUGGUAGUUGGCAAGUGGUGACUGAGACUGGGUCCAUUGAUUCAUCUAUGAAUGGCAGUUUUAUGCAAAUGGCUUCACGGGAAAAUAGUGGCUGUAAUUCGACAACUGGCUGUGGUCAAGGUGCCACACCCGGCAAUUGCAAUAGUAAUGGUUCAGGAUGCAAUGGUACAGCAGGUACUGCAUCUGCCAACAGUCCAUCUUCACCGAGUACACAGCGGAGACAACGUUUAAAUAGAGUACGCGCUAUUUUUAUACAAUCUUAUGGAAAAACAAUUGGCCUUAAAUUUAAAGAGGGUUCAUCUAUGACUUUAGCUACAUUUAUUGGCUCGUUAGCCGAUCAAUUAUUUUAAUUAGGGAAAUUCAACGCCUACAAGUAUGCUAAACCCAAUGCACACUUAAAACAAACAAAUGAAACACAUACACAAACAGACGUGCAUAUAAACCAAACAUACAAAUCCAUCGCAAUGUACAAUUAGUUUAAAUAUUGUUGUGUUUGUUAUUUGUACUUUUUUGUAAUUUGUUGAUAAUUAUUAUAAUUAAAAUGAGAAAAUCGUACUAAUAAUUAAGAACUAGUAUAGUGUAAACUCAGUUAAGCAAUGCAUUUUAUUGCUUUUUGCAUAAAGUGAAAUGAAACAAUAAUUUUAUUAAGUGCUAAGUUUUGCAAUAAAUGUAUUCCUAAUAAAAAUGAAAAUUGUCUAUUUGUUUAGUAUGUGAUGUAAUUGUAAUAAAUUU